GAGACGCAAACUGCUUCUCUUCUACUCUACAGAGUGAAACGUCGCCAACCAACGACACAAACGGCACAGAACGCCAGGGGUCAAGGGCCGACUCUCCCAGGGAGACUUCAGCAUGGACGCCGUAGGUUAUGGGAUUGCAGCAACGAGGCGAGGAAGCUACGAUGAUUCUCUGCGUCCUCACUUCAAGGACUUGGCUCAGAGGCGACGCUCUGCCCCUUCACUGGUCUUUGGGAAAGCACUUGGGAUGCCAUGGUCUCCUAUCAGGGAGGAGGCGUCCUGCUGGGUGUCCGUGGAACAGAGUCCGUUCGUCUUUGGCCUCACCGGUGAAAACGGAGAGCUGCUGCUGGACGAGUGCGUUCAGGUCACUGAUCACACAAAGACCCGGGAGAGACACCUCUUCCUCUUUAACAAGGCCAUCAUUUUUGCCAAGCUUAAAUCGACUGCCAGCUAUCGUUUGAAGCACAGAGUGAAUCUUGAGGACAUCUGGCUUUAUGGAUUCGAAGAUGAUGCAGAGGAAGAGGAGGGAACAAUCGGAGACAUUGACCUGAGGGUGACAGUUGUUUUGGCCUGGGCUCUCUCGUUUUGUUUGGUGUGUUUUCGCUCGCCUGAGGUUAAAGAACGCUGGUUAGAUACUCUUCACAGAAAAAUUAAAGACGCAAACGCGAGAGCCGGCUGUGCCUUUUCACCUCCAGACGUCCUCAUGAAGGUGUUGAGUGGCAGCAUUGCAACUAAAACUCUAACAGGAGGUGGCAUGGAACAAGUCAUUGAGUUUCCACUCGAUGGCGACGCAAAGUUAGCUGGUCUUUCGAAAGAGUUGAAUAAUGAAGAGGAGAAGCUGACGCAUCCCACUGAAAAAAAGUGGGACCAAGUGGUGAGGAGGUUCAGAAAGGGCUCCAGCUUCAUCUACAAAGCAAGUCGCACAGAAGCAGACACAAAGACUCAGUUGUUUGGACAGCCCCUCUGCAAGAUAUGCACAGAUGAAUGCUCACUUCCCAAACCUGUCACAGAGAUGCUGGUGUUGCUGAGGAAGAGGGGACCGACCACGGAGGGAGUGUUUCGAAAACCGUGCAACAACAAGAACAUGAAGGACGUCAGAGAGCAGCUCAACAGCGGCGUGGAGGUGGACCUGGUGGGCCAGCCUGUGGUAUUGCUCAUCGGGCUUCUCAAAAGUUUCCUGAAGGAACUUCCUGGCAGCCUGCUGGUGUCCGAGCUUUAUGAUAAGUGGAUUGCAGCUCUGGGCAACGAGGACGCUCAGCAGAGAGCUCUGGAAAUCAAAAAGGUCGUAGACAAGCUCCCGGUGCACAAUAAGCUCCUCCUCCAGCAUCUCGUCUGCGUCCUCCAUCACAUCCUUGAGAGCGCUGACAUCAACAAGAUGGACGCCUACAACCUGGCGGUGUGCAUCGCCCCCAGUCUGCUGCAGCUGGACAACUCUCCGCUGGUUGAGCAGAAGGACAAGUUGAUGAAGGUCACAGAGCUGACACAGGUCCUGAUCGAGCACUGUGAGAUACUUGGAGAGAAUAUCCCCAACCUGCUGGAUACUGAUGAAGACUCUCUGUCCUCCCAGCAUCAUGACUCCGCAUAUGACAGCACUGACCCCGAUGGAGACGGGGAAGCAGGAGAAGGUUCCUCUCCUACACAUGAAGAAUGUGGCUCGUCGUCCUCUCUCUGCACCACCACCACCACUUCUUGGGCGUCCGAUCCCUACUUUCGGGGUUUAAAGCCGCCAUACAACCGCCGCUGCUCCGAGCCCAUCAUCCUCGUCUCACCUAAUCUCGAGGGUAUGCACGGCGGCCAUGCCAGGAGCCACGAGGACUUCUCCAUGGAGACGAGGCACUUUGAGGAGCAGCCUCUGAGGAAGCAGAUCUCCGAUGACUCCUUCCUGCUCGAAGGGCGAGCGCGACCCAGGUCUGUCCUGUCCUAUCCACUGCCGUACACGACAGGUCAUCGGGUCAAAGACUGCUCGUGCUCUUCACUAGAGAGCACUGCCUCAAACCAGUCUGAGGGCUCAGUUUUCACCAGCUCCCCUUUGGGGUCACCGGCCUGCCCCAGGAGAACGAACAACACAAACCAGCCUUCAGUGGCUGCCAAGGCUCAACAGGACAUUACCCGACCGAUUGCAGACGAGAAGAGACGUUCACAGUCCAUGAGAGUGGCCAGCAAAGUUCUCAUGAGGACCAGGAGCUUAGGAGCCUUCAGUCGGAGCAGCAUGAAGAGAGACUCGCAGAAGGAAAACUCCUUCCCUUGUGAAACGCUCCAGGAGGACUCUCAGAGUGAGGCGGACACACCCACGGAGCUUCUGCACAAGACACAACCUCUGUCGACCAUCGAGGUGUUCAAGCAGGUGGACAGCCGGCUGCCCUGCAGGCCUCCCUCGUAUGAGCAGGCGGUGCAGAAUGCGGGACUUCCCCCACAGUACGGGGCAAUGACUGUACAAGACGCCAUAGUGCGGAGGUCCCGUCCGUCCUCUGUGAAUUACGACUUGCAUCCCAGCACUCAGUGCAUUGACAGUUUCCCUCAGGACAAGAGUGUCCCUUUCCGCCAGAGAGCCAUGUCUGAGUCAGUGUCCAGAGGUCACCACGAGGUCCUGUCACGGAGAUGCAGUCAGCCCGUGUUUGAGGAAUUCUCUUACGCUAAGGAGUCUUAUGUUUGAAUGUGUUAGUACAGGGCAGUUCAGCUCAUCGUGCCGGGGUUUGGAACGGCACUUCCACCUUGGGGUACUUAAAUUGCAUAGCAGUGUGAUGUCAUACCAACUCACCAAUGAAUUCCACAAAGAAGAAGAAAAAUGCGAUAUCCAGUAUUCUGUGAUCUUUCUUUUCUUUCUUUCUUUCUUUCUUUCUUUCUUUCUUUCUUCCUAUCAUUUGGCUCUUUAGACAAGCUUUGUUUUAGAGGCGGCCUCCCUGACGUUGCACGUAACUGAUGAUUCUAGCUCCAACCUGCAGGAGCGGAGCCACAGUGUGCUUGGUACCACAAAGGAGGGGGCCAAAUAUAUGGAUCUUUUCCACAGAUCACAGAAUCAAGUGAACCUGCAGCUUGCUAUUCUUUCCCACUUCACACGGACAUAAGAGGUUAGCGAGGCUGACUUCCUAACCUAUAGAGAUCUAAAUUUUGAAUGAUUCCAUCACAGUAGGCAGCUACUUGCCACCUGCAUUCAUUUGGUACGUUUUACUGAGCAACCCUGUGUAUAUAAAUGUGUAGUUUAUUCAUUUUCCCACUGGUUUCACUUUGAAUGAAUGUGCCGCCACUGUGGUGGCACUGUCCAAGUAGUACUAUUUAGAGUACAAAUAUUAAAAUUAUAUUUUGUUAUCCUGAUAGAUAUUUAGUCUGUCACAAUGAAGCUAUGAAAUCACACUUUGCUGUGGAUGAAAAUAUGCUAUUCGUUUGUUUUUUAGUGAUGUGUACAGUAUGUUUUUAUAACCCCUUCGAUGUCUCCUCUAACUACAUGAAAGCACUUUCUUUUCUGAUAAUUAACUAUGCUUUUAGCAGUCAAUUACUGUAGAUAUCUAUGACCUUUGGCGAGGUUUCUUUGGGUAAAAAUAUGUCAAUAAAAGAAAUGUUACA